CGCAGCAAACAAGCAACAGCAGCGAGACAGAAAAGGGAUCUAGAGGGGGAGAGAGCAGAAAGACUGUCAGCCGUGCAGCCAGCUCGGCGCUGCACACCCAUAAAUCGAUGUCUAUACGUUUGUAUGUGCGCGCAAUGCAAAACAGAAGUGGGAAGUGACAUUGCAGUUCUCUUUUCUACGUUAUUACACAUCCACCAGAGAAGGCUGAUUGCAUAUGAAGCAAUACCAUUUGUAAAUAACUUGAUUUCGAGCUGCAUUUAUUUUAUUUUAUUUUAUUUUUAUAAUUAGCGUUACAUUGAAUAUAACAUGAUGGAGCCUUGGAGACAAUGCGCGUUGUGGCUUAUCAAUUGCAAGGUGCUGCCACCAAACCAUCGGGUUACGUGGGAAUCAGCCCAGGUAUUUGAUUUAGCCCAAACCCUAAGGGACGGGGUUCUGUUGUGCCAGCUUCUGAACAACCUGAGACCCUUAUCUAUCAAUCUGAAGGAGAUCAAUCUGAGACCGCAAAUGUCACAGUUCCUGUGUUUGAAAAAUAUAAGAACAUUCCUUUUAGCAUGCUGUGAAAUAUUUGGGAUGAGAAAAAGUGAAUUGUUUGAGGCCUUUGACUUGUUUGAUGUUCGAAAUUUCGCAAAGGUUAUUGAGACCUUAUCACGGCUUUCUCACACAGUUGUAGCACAACAUACAGGAAUAAGACCGUUUCCAACAGAAGAAAGUGUGGGUGAUGAGGAUAUCUACAAAGGCCUAGAUGAGUUAAUCGAUGAAAAUGAAGUAGAAGAUGAGGAAGAUCUGUAUGACUGUGUUUAUGGAGAAGAUGAAGGAGGGGAGGUUUAUGAAGACCUGAUGAAGGCUGAAGCUGCACCCCCACCUAAACAGGCUGAAACUGACGUUCGCAGCUGCUGUCUUCAAGAAAUCAAACAGACAGAAGAGAAAUAUACUGAGACGCUGGAGUCGAUAGAGAGAUAUUUUAUGACUCCGCUGAGAAAAUUUGUAUCCGCCACAGAGAUUGAAAAAGUGUUUGUUAACGUUCCGGAACUUGUGAAAGUCCACAAAAGCCUAAUGCAAGAGAUCCAUGACUCCAUCUCAAACAAGAAUUCCCAGAAUCUAUACCAGAUCUUUAUUAACUACAAAGAAAGAUUGCUCAUCUAUGGGAAGUAUUGCAGUCACGUAGAAACAGCCAUAGCCGGCUUGGACGACAUCUGCAAAGAGAAAGAAGAUGUUCGGUUAAAGCUCGAGGAAUGCUCAAAGAGGGCAAAUAAUGGGAAGUUUACUUUGCGAGAUCUUCUGGUUGUCCCAAUGCAGAGAGUUCUUAAGUACCACCUGCUUCUUCAGGAAUUAGUCAAACACACUCAUGAUCAAACUGACAAGAGUAAUUUACGAAUGGCCCUCGACGCCAUGAAGGAUCUGGCUCAAUAUGUAAACGAAGUAAAAAGAGACAAUGAAACACUGCGUGAGAUUUAUCAGUUUCAGUUAUCCAUUGAAAACCUGAAUCAGUCUCUUAGAAGCUACGGAAGACCAAAAGUAGAUGGAGAAGUGAGAGUAGCUUCACUAGAUAAACGUGCAAAACAAGAUAGACAUAUCUUCUUGUUUGACAAAGCUGUGAUUGUUUGCAAAAGACGAGGCGACAACUAUGAAAUGAAGGAGGUGAUUGAUUUGCACAACUUUAAAAUCACCAACAACCCAACGACAGACAAGGAAAACAAAAAGUGGUCUUAUGGAUUCUACCUCACUCAUAACCAGGGACAGAACGGGUUUGAAUUCUUUUUUAAAACAAAAGAGCUGAAAAAAAAGUGGCUGGAACAGUUUGGAAUGGCAAUAUCUAACAUCACACCUGAACAUGCAAAUGAGAAUUGUCAUGAAUUUAAAAUGCAUACUUUUGAGCGGAUCACAUCUUGUAGCUCGUGCCACAUGCUUCUGAGAGGAAUAUUUUACCAAGGGUACUUGUGUUCUAAAUGUGGAGCUGGGGCCCAUAAAGAGUGCCUAGGCAGACUGGGAACCUGUGGAAAAACACAUACAGAUUCGGGGACACUAAGAGCUGAGAAGAAACUCAAUGGACCCAAAAGACAUAGUAGAUCCAUGGAUCCAGUGUGUGUCCCAGGUUUACCAAAGAUGCAGGUUAUUCGAAACUACCAUGGGGUACCGCCUCCCCUUGAAGGCCUCCCUCUGAACAUCCAGGUUGGGGAAAUCAUCGAGGUGAUCAGGGCUGAUGUCCACAGCUCAUGGUGGCAGGGUAGAAUUCUGACAACUAAAGAAGUUGGCUUCUUCCCAAGUGAUGUAGUAAAACCUUACUGUGUUCCAAAGCCAGUGGACUAUUCUGCACAGCCAUGGUUUGCUGGACCAAUGGAAAGGUUACAGGCGGAAAUGGAACUCAUAAACAGAGGCAACAGCACCUACCUUGUGAGACACAGAAGUAAAGAAUGCACUGAAUAUGCUGUUAGUAUUAAGUAUAACAACGAUGUGAAGCACAUCAAGAUUUUAACAAAGGAUGUGCUUUUCUACAUUGCAGAGAACAAGAAGUUCAAAAGUCUGUUAGAGCUAAUAGAGUACUACAAGCACCACUCCCUAAAGGAAGGGUUUCGAAGUCUAGACACAACACUGCAGUUUCCAUACAAAGAACCAGAGAACACAGUCAUGCACAGGGGAAACAGAAUGGGUAGCAACUCCCCAUUGCUCUGUGGGUUUUCUAUUGUCACAACUCCAGGUUACAGCUUUGUCCCCCCUUCCUCUGCUCCUUUCUGGUCAGUGUUUACUCCCAAAGUAAUUGGUAUCGCAAUAGCUCGGUAUGACUUCAGCCCCAGAGACAUGAGAGAGCUUUCAUUACUGGAAGGAGACAUGGUAAAGAUCUACACCAAAACGGGAGCGAACGGCUGGUGGAGAGGGGAGGCAAAUGGCAAGGUGGGGUGGUUUCCAUCUACGUAUGUCGAAGAGGAGGAAGAAUAAAUCAAUAAGUGAAUUAAUAAGGAACCAGCCAGGUGCCUCUGUAUCAAAAUAUCACCGUGGGCCACCGUGAAUUGUGGACUUCUGUCCAAAACCUUGCUAAUAGAAUGUUGGGAAUUCUCCACACAAGCUUGUGUUGACAGAUUAAUGGCUUGCCUGCAGCUUUACAAGCAAAAGCCUGCCAGUCUACUGUCAGUAUGGACCAGCUCAGAGGGAGAACCUCUUCUUCCCAGAAGAACUUCAAAAUAUAGACAGCUUUCUUCUUCUUGUCACUCUUCUGGCCAGCUCGGCUGCUGGUAAAUAUUUGAAUACAUCUCCAUCCCCAGCUAAGGUUUUCCUUGAUGAGUCGCGGAAGUCCGGAGCUGUUUCGUUUUACCUUGCGUAUCAUUUCCCAUUCUGACCUUCCUGGCCUCCUACAGGAACUUACCUGCAUUAUUAUUGAUGAUUUAUCAGUGGCCAUGCUUCUCAAAGUGAAGGCUGUAAGAAUAUGGGCAUUGCAUCACAUCACCCCUUUCCACAGAUUACAAUCACUGCCUUGCAAAUAACAAUCACAGUACGGUUACAGUGUGAAGGAUAAAGGAACAGAAAAAAAAUCAGUGCUGCACAGGAAUAAUUGAUCCGUCUUCAAAUAAAAUGCUAAUUGUUGCAGUUGGUUUAUCUCAACAGGCAUAUUGUUAGUUGUCACUCUUUGUUUCUUUGAUGUUCAGAUUAUUAAUGUCAGUAAUAUGCUUCCUAUCUGAAAUACAAGCUUUUAAACAAAACAAAAGAAAGAGAAUACAACUACGGACAGUACCAGUAAAAUAAAAUAUGUUAUGCCUAUAGCUCAGUCGUAACUGAAAUAUUAAUUAUGGAUUAUAGUUUGGCAGCAACUCACUUGUAUGUGAUGGCUAUGCACAGUGGUUUAAGUAUGUCAAAUGCAUGGUGUUAUAUAUAUAUUUUUAAACUAAACAUAUGCUAGGUGAUCCAAGAGUUGUGUCUGGCACUGUAUUGUACUGAUAUUGUAUAUUGUAUAUUACUAAAGCACAGCAGUAAUACUGUGUGCUUAUCCAAAAAGUAAAAAUAUCCCACUUGUUAUUUUGCAAGGGAAAGGGUCCAAACUGAAUCUGUGUAUUUUUUUUUAACAGUAUGCAUUCAGGGAACUUCCUUCAUUGUAUUGUCAAUAAUUAUUAUUAUAAGGAAGGCACAUACUGGAGUUAAGCAAUAUUCACCUAUGAUGUAGAUGUGCAAAUUUGCAAUACUAUUUUUUGUGUACAGUGUUAAAGUAUGUAGGACUGGUUCUCCAAAAACUGGUCAAGCACUAAGUAUUAUCAGCCAUAUUACUGUAUGUAUGGAUUUGUAUAUAAAAUGUUUUUUUUUUCUUAAUUUUGGGAGAUAUUUUUGUUACAUUAGAUUAAAUAUAUUGGAAAUGUCCAAGUAUUAUCCAGAUUGCAUUUGAGAACUUCACUGUUUUCUAAGACUUCAAGUGGCGUUAUACCUUACUGACCACUAGAUGUCAGCUUUAAAAGCUUUUACGUUAUUAACUUUAACUUAAUUUUCAUGGGCUUAUUUUGAACUGUUCCCAGUGCUAGUGGUAUGAGACAUCAGGAAACCCCCCCCCCCCCCCUUCAUGAAAAUGAGUGUCUUUGAAUUUGAAUCGUGUUACCUUUACGCUUCCACUUACUAAAUGUUUGCUCUCAGUUGACCCAGAUUAAAAUGGGGAUUUAAUGUAAAAACCACUGAAUGACUGCCAAAGGCACUUUGCUAGCAUUGGAUACUUUGUGUCGUGUAUAACGCCAUCAUCCCUUUUCAUAACUUGUUCCAGUGGAAUGUUUACCCCACAAAACAAAAAUAAACCUAAAUAACUAGACACCACUCUGUGUAAUGUAAUCAUUUAAAAAGUACGUAGUACUUGACUUCAAAACUACUGUAAUACAUUUUCUAAGAAAAGGGCUCAUACAUGUUUGUGUUUCUUACUAGCAAUGUAUCAUGGUGUACAUAUUGCAUGGGAGCAAAAUCGAAGUAAAUCUGGCCCACAUCAUUUUUACCUGUAUGCCAAUAGAUUGCAAACAUUGUUCCCUGCAGAAUAUGAAGUUCAUAUAAUGUGCACAUUAUUAUUGUAGGACUUCUGAUUAAAUCCUGAAGUAUACCAUGAGAAACAAAAUAUGCUUUAUAAACUAGAAUAAAUCAUAUGACUGUUUCACUAUGAUGACAAAGACAUGUUUGUAUUUACUUAAAUCGAUCACCCUGGAAACCUGCAAUGUACUGCUAUCUGAUAUUGUUUUACUGUGUACUGUACAUAUGUAUAUAUGUAUAUACUGCACAAUAAACUGUAUAUGGCUCAUUUCUUA